CACACAUACUGUCGGAUCGAUUCCACGGACAUAUAGACAUGGAUUCAAGGCAACCACCCCAUAUACCGAUCACUAUCUUCACUGGAUUUCUCGGCGCAGGAAAGACCUCCAUCAUUUUGUCACUCCUUCCGCUACUUCCAAAGGACUAUAAAGUGGUUUUGCUUAAGAAUGAGUUCGGAGACGUCCAAGUGGAUAGCCAGCUGGCUAAACAAUCCAGUUUGACUGCCGUCAGUGAGAUUUUGAACGGCUGCAUGUGCUGCGUACUCGUCGGCCAGAUGGAAACAGCCCUUCUCGAGAUCCGAGACAGAUACCGCCCUGACCGAAUAAUCAUUGAAUGCUCGGGAUCUGCUUUUCCCGCCACACUGGCGUUCCAGAUCCGUGAGCUUGAGCGACAGACAAACAAUGACCUUCGACUUGAUGCGAUAGUUACCGUCAUUGAUGCCGAGAACUUCACGGGGUACGAGGAUACGUCUCCCACAGCCAAGAUGCAGGCAAGCUACUCGGAUAUCAUUCUUAUCAACAAGCACGAGCACGUCGAUGAUCGCGCCCUAGACAUACUGAUCGAUAAUCUUAAUACCCUAAAUCUCGACACUCCCAAGAUCAAGUGCAAUGGUCGUAACGGCCUUUUCAGAGAUCCAAUUCCUCAGGGUAUCGAAGAUCAUCAUGAUGAAGUAAAGACACUCACGGCAUACCGAGGAUUCCUGCCGACGUGGAUGCUGGAUAAGGGUAUACUCGAGAGUGCUCUCGCCUCUCUAAAUAAGGAGAGCGUUUGGCGAGUCAAGGGAUUUGUUCGCUUAGAUUCUGCGAUUUGGAUCUUGAACUGGGCGUUUGGUCGGUACGACCUCACACUGUCGAAAGGAGAUACAUCUUUUAUGCAAGAUGCGUCCAUAAGGCUCACCAUCAUGGGAGAUAAAUACGAGUUGAAUCGCAAACCGAUUCCAGUAGCGGUCAAGAAGUUUUGUGCCGAUCUCCAAGUUCAAGUGAUGUAG